AUGCAAAGGAAGCUACAAUCAUUGAUUAACAUCCUGUCUGGUAGACAAGAGCCUGAUGGUCUUCAACAAACAUUCCAAGACCUAUGGAACACAGUUGUCCAAGAAUUCUGUCAGGAGGACAUCUGCUCUAGAUUCCCAGUUCUAGCUGAACAAUUUAAAGGGGCCAUCUUUCUGGUACCGGCAGUUCCUGGUACCAGUGCUUCAGACUCCCCACUCAAGGCUAAUGCUACUAAUAUCUGCAAUCGUCCUCAAGCAGCAUCCAUUCCCAGCUGGGUCAAGCCAAAGUCAUUAAAGCGUAAAGCUCCUGAAGACGACCCAUUACAUGACCGUCCUCUCAAGCGCAUCUGCAUCUCGUACGAUGACAUCAGGCUGGGUACCUCCGCCCAGCAAUGCACGAGCGCGGCAUAUCGCAUGCAUGUUUGCUUGAUAUCUAUUGAAGACGCCAAUAUGACAUUGCACUAUUACGACUCAAUGGGAUCGAUUCGGUCUGUUCCGUUCAAUAUCGUCCGGCAAUCGGAGGAUCUUCUUGUCAUGUGGGCGAUGUGUAAUCAACUUCGUACACAGGCGGGCUUCAAUCCGUUCGAGUCCAACACCGCUGGCGAGUGGAAGGAAAGCCAGUUUACUUUUGAGGAUCUGGAUACGAAGGAGGAACGUGUUUUUACUGCCAUCGAUGGGCCGCUCUUCAGUAGCGAAGAACUAUUGGGCCGAAGGACACUAAUCUUGCUCGUUACCGAUGUCUUUGAGAGGAUCCUGGUCCUAAAAUUCGCAUGGGUUUUGCGCGAUGGCUCAGUGGCCGAAACUGAGCUCAUCAAGAAGAUCCUUCGUUUGGCACCAGAGAUCAGGAAGCACCUAUCAGAUCUCCACUUUAGUCGCUUGUACGGCUCCGACAUGGACUUGCGUCUGCCACGAUUUUCUCUAUCUCACUUGGAGGAUGAGCAGGAAUACUUCUGGAGGCGCGAUUUACUCACUACUGUAACGACACGCUAUUAUCACCUAUGGAAGGUUCGAAACCUUCAAGAGUUCAAAAAGAUCUUCAUCGAAAUUGUCGAAUGCGAGUAUCCUCUUUGUCAUCACAUUGCGCACAAGAAAGGCCGCGUUCUUCAUCGGGAUAUCAGUUGGACCAACCUGAUGUUUGACCGCGUAGACGACAUACCCAUCGGUAUGCUCAAUGACUGGGACAACUCUGCCCGCGUGGACGAAAACGGCAACAUCAUAGCUAUUCCUGGGAUGCAUGAAAGUGCUCGAGGGACGUUCGUCUUCAUGGCCGUCGACCUCCUACGCAACGAAAACCAGAAGCACUUCUAUCGCCACGACUUGGAGUCAUUCUUCUACGUCCUCGUUUGGGCUGCUGUCCAUUUCAACCUGAAAGAGGGCACGCGCUCACAACUGGCUCAUCCCGUGCUCAGCGAGUGGGUCGCCGGUGAUGAAGAGGCGUGGAAAACCAAGAUGACGUUCCUCAAGGAUUUCGAGGCUGGCGAAACGGUGUUCAAUGUUAUGGGUGAAGACUUUGAUGAGCUUAAUGUGACGUGGAUCUUGGAUCUGAGGGAGAUGUUCGCCGAUGGAUAUAGUGCUCGUGAGGAACAUCUAAGGGCGACUGGCCGUUGUGCACUGGGAAAGUCCUUGUGUGUCAGGAAUUCGCGCAUCAAGCGUUUGGAUACGGUAUUUGACGAGAAGACGCUGGGUGGGCAUGUUACUUUCGAGAAGUUUAUGGCCAUUCUCAAAGGGUAACUACAUCUCUAUAUCUCUGCAUUUCUAUUCGAGUUCGCAUAUUUUACGUAUAC